AUGUCGCAACCUUGCCGUGCUUGGCAAGCCGAUCCGCAUGUGCAUGUGACAGCAGACAAAAGAGCUGCUCGUCAGAAGCGCAUCGACGGACUGGCGGAACUUUCGGAUCAAGAGCGUUCGCACUAUUACUUUUUGUAUGCAGCAGCAGCUGACUGCGUGGAAUGCACAAAGUACUGGCUGCAAAAUGGAGCAGACACCACAAGAGGCACCAAACAUAUGAAGUACACAGCCAAGGAGUGGGCUGAGUGGAAAUCAGCAUCCCAUGUCUUGGACAUUCUACUGUCGUGGGAACAAGCAGGUACCGCAGAUAUUGACGAGGACAUGUCUCCUUCUUCAGAUACAUCUAAUGCUCUGUUCCAAGAUGCAGUCGAUUUUUCCUUCUGGAGGAAUGCGAUGGCAGGGGAUUGGAAGAUGACGAAAGAAUGGUGCGAUGUCAGAGCUAUAGUUCCAAUGGCGAUUGGGUUGGUCAACAGAACCGACAGUCCCGAGCAUAUGUUUCACUGGGGCGUGCGUCAAUACUUGCAGUUCGCGUUGCUUUGCAAUGAUUCUGCUAGAAAAAAACACGACCUGGAAAGGAUCAAGACCAUGGUGUGGCAAAGGGAGCAAGAGCAAGUGGGCAAGACGAUGCAGUUCGUCAAAGCAAUUCAUGACGAUGGUGAUCUUAAGUACACUUCAUUGAUCAACAUUCUGAACGGUGAUAUGCUUCAAACCGACUUGCGCAAUGCUGCGACAAAGAAGGUUUGGUCUACUAUACUCCGCAAUGAUGCGGUCGAUCCAAACGUCUUCAAUGACUUCAUUCGGCACGAGGAGUGGUGGACUUAUGAUUUGUUUGCUCCUGCUGCAGCGUUGCGUCUAGACGUGCCGGAUUUCUGUGCUCACUGGAUGUUACUGCACUUUGUACUGGCUCAGUCUUGUUGGAGAUCCCGCAACAGUGUCUUUGGCGAAGCGUCGGGCACAGCCACGCAACUUGAGUCUGCUGAAGAAUGGUUGAUUCGAAGUAGCUGCGGAACCUUUCCCCAGCAACUGCUGGUGUAG